UUCAUCGAUCUCUUUUGCUAUAAUAAUAAUGGCUCUCUUAAAUUGUCUUUCAGUUGUACUGCUUUUAUUGAUAAUGAAUAGCUGCGGAUACCUUGCCGGUCCGGUGAGCUACGCUCCUACAAAUGGGCUACUUCCAAAUGGAAACUUCGAAGAAGGACCAGAUCCAUCAAACAUGAACAAAAAGAAGAUAAUAAAAGGGAAGUACUCCCUUCCAAAAUGGGUCAAGAAAGGAUUAAUAAGAUACAUUUCACCUGGACCUCAGCCUGGCCACCGUAUAUUUAAGGUUCAUGCAGUAAGGUUAGGGCAGAAUUCUAGUGUAGCCCAAUAUUUAAGGGUCAAAAGACAGACAUAUUACAGUGUGAGUUUCAGUGUGUCAAAAAGUUGUUUUGCAGAUAAGUUUAUAAGAGUAGGAAUAGUUAACCAAGUAGAGUCGGAUUACUUGCUUCGCAAUAUAUAUGAGAGUGAGAAACCAGAGACUUAUGCUUGGACAUUUGAAUCCUCUAAUUAUACUACUUCUAUUAAACUCUCUUUUUUUAGUCCUCCCAAUCACCAAAGGCAUUCUCUUUGUGGACCCCUUUUACUUGCUGUUGCACUUAAGGAGAUUAAGCCACUCUCUCAGCCAACAGAUAAUAACCUAGUAAAAAAUGGAGAUUUCGAAAACGGUGCAUACGUAAUGAAAAACUUCUCAAGUGGAGUCCUUCUACCUCCAGAUUCAUUAACUAUGAUCUCUCCACUUCCUGGUUGGACAAUCAAAUCUAAAGAUCCAAUAAAAACAAUUAAAUACAUCGAUUCACAACACUUCAAGGUACCCAAAGGAAGAUAUGGUAUUGAAUUAUUAGGAGAAGAAAGUACACUAUCCCAACUCAUACCAACAAUCCCAAAUCAAUUCUAUAAUCUCACUUUCAUUACUGGAGAUGCUAGAAAUGGGUGUAUUGGUAAUUUAUAUCUUAAAGCAUUUGCUGGAAACCAAUCUGUUGUUGUUGAGCAUGUUUCUCAAGGAAAAGGUAAAACUAGAUUUGGAAAUUUAAGGUUUCAGGCUGUUAAUCAGACAACUACCAUAUCUUUUAUGAGUUUGUUGAGUCAUUCUCCUGAUUUUGGAACUACUUUUUGUGGUCCUAUUUUGGAUGAUGUUAAGGUUGUACCAAACGCUCUAUAGUUGAAUAUGAAAAAAGAAAUUAUCAAUGGUAUUCUUGAAUUUUAGCUCUUUAUUAAUAUUAUCCUUAAGUUUUUUUUUUAUUAUUGAGCGUUUUACAAUCGUAGUCUUUUUUUAAUUUUCCAUCU